GUCUUCAGUGAAACAGCUUCAUCUGUAAAAUGUCGAUGGUGUUGUUCGCCUCUGUGGUUCGGGUUACGGACGGCCUGCCUCUCUCAGCAUCCACUGACUAUGAACAGGAAAAAGAGCUUCAGGAAACCAAGAGGCAUCUCAAAGGUCUMUCCAAGAAACUCCUCCAGUUCCCUGACCGCUGCACGCUUAAGUCUGGACAGUACAACGUCAAUUUUACCUACUCUCUGGGUGUUGGAUACCUGAUGGUGUGCACAGCAAACUACCCCAACGUUUUGGCCUUCUGUUUCCUGGAUGAACUACAGAAGGAGUUUAUUGUCACUUAUGACACCAAACGUAUCAGCGGAGCUGUGCGGCCCUACUCCUUCAUUGAGUUUGACACUUUCAUCCAGAAAACCAAGCAGCGCUACAACAGCCCUCGCUCCCUGUCCACAAAGAUCAACCUGGCCGACAUGCAGACAGAGAUCAAGCUGCGACCGCCCUAUCAGCUUUCCCCGGAGGACCUGCAGGCUAUCAAUGGGUUCUCUGUGAGCACAUCCUCUAAAUACAAAGGCAUAGAAUGAUGACRAAGACUUUAAUUACGUGAUUGCCUUCUUCCUGGGCACAGCAGCCUGUCUGUAUCAGGUAAGUGAUAGUGUGCGGUGAGGCCAGCCUAUCACCGGCUGACUAACAGCCCUGCACUUUACAGCUCAGCAGCUUGUCAGUUAGACAAACAUUCACUGAAGCUCRGUGCCUUUCAGGCCACAACUUCUUCUACAAAACCUCUCCAUCAGUUCAUUUUGUGCUGCUCCUGGUGCCAAACGGAGCACCACAAAGUAGACAGAUAAGAAAAUAAAGUUUUAUAAUAGAGUUUCUCUUGUUUAAGGGAUCCCUGAUUAGUUGUAACAUUAGACUUUAUUUGAUAAACAUAUAAAUUUACU